AUGCCUGCAGACCGCACAGUGACAUCUGACUGGUUAGCACCCUCUUUGGUACCCCAGCAAAACAUGUUCAUUGCCUCCUCUAAAGUAUUGCAUAAGUUUAUUAGUUCAGGACCUUUAUCUGUUGUAGCCGGGAGAAAACCCGCAAGAGUCUGGAUGAAAAACAAUUGUGGGAUGAACGUUGCCAGUGCUACAAUCACUUUAGUAGGCUUUGUUUUUCUCUCAACAAACUUAGUAACUGGCAUCCUGUUAUUCAAGAGUUGUCAGUCUGCACCAUCACUGGACUUAUGCAGUUUGGGCCUUGUGUUUUUAGUGUUGAUCUUUACCUUGCUGGAAUUAUGCGUAGCCCUCUCUGUCUCAGCCAUAUGGUGCAAAGCAAACUGCUUCAGUUCAAGAGAGGCAACUUCCUCAACCCUCAGUUCUGUGGAAUCAGGAUCACAUCCUCAUUAA